GGAGGCGGCACAGCUGCUUCCUUCCGAGCUCUACGCCUCACAAGCGCCGGCAAAGUCCCGCUCGCCCGCGGCCUCCCCGACUAGGCCCGGCCUAGGGUGGCGGAGCUGCGCCGCCGCCACUGCGCAAGCGCGUCCGCAGCACAGCCACAGCGGCCGGGGAAGAGGAGAGUUCCCGGCCCGGAGCGGCAUGGCGAGCCUGGUCCCCGCCGCCGCCUCGUCUCCUGCCGGGGCCGCGUCGCGCAGCAAGAAGCGCCCGGCGAGCCCGGGCACCGGCGGCGGCCCCACCAAGAAAAAGAAGGCGACAGUGUCUGGCAGCUCGCAGGUACUGAGUGCAGGUGGAGAGGCUGUGAGUGAAAAUAAACUUCUGAACACAGACUCCAGCACAGGAUCAGUGGAAACUACUGCCAAGCCGUUGCCAUUUAAAGACCCAAACUUCAUUCACUCCGGCAUUGGUGGAGCAGCAGCUGGCAAGAAGAACAGAACAUGGAAGAACCUAAAACAAAUUCUUGCUUCUGAAAGGGCAUUGCCAUGGCAACUAAAUGAUCCUAGCUAUUUUAAUAUUGAUGCUCCCCCUUCUUUUAAACCUGCUAAGAAAUAUUCAGACAUCUCAGGACUUCCAGCAAAUUACACAGAUCCACAGAGCAAGCUAAGAUUUAGUACUAUUGAAGAAUUUGCCUAUAUUCGGAUGCUCCCUUCAGAUGUGGUUACAGGAUACCUGGCUCUAAGGAAAGCAACAAGUAUUGUUUCCUGAACAGACUAAAUAUUCUUGUAAAUCGCUUGUGAGCAGUGCUCAUUUGGAGUAUCAUGAUGGAAACUGACUAUGGGACUGAGAUUCUUUAAAAUUAUCCAUGGAUUUUUACAUCUGGAAGUAGUUGAUGAUACAGGCAUUUGAUGAACAUAUGGAUUUAAUUUUCACAAAUGCUGAUAUUUGUUAGUUUGCCAAUUUGUUAGCAAUUUAGUUUGGUGAACAGAAUAACUUAGACCGUAAGGAUAUGUAUCUGUACUAUAAUUUCUCAUGUACUAUAAUUUAUAUUAAUUUCUGUAAAGACAGGAUUUCAUCUCCACCCUGUAUAUUUUAUGUACUAUCCUGGCUCAGAAGAAACUGUAUUUGAUUGAUGGAAAAGGUAACAAGAUAUCCAAAUGUCUAAACCUGCCUUACCAGAUGUGCUUGCCACUUGGCCAUGAAGUUGUCCCAUCUGUAAAAUGAAGCUAAAAUACCCAGCAAGUGCUGCUGUUGGGAUGACUUUUCAGGGUUCUGUAGCACUGUGGAAAUUUGUGAAGACACAAAUGUUUGUAUUUAAUUAACUGCCAGCAUAAAUAAAGUUGGACUCAAA